AAUCAGGACAUGGAACUGAAAUCGUGUAGAAAACCUGUGAACUUUCUCUUUGGAUGCUUAGUCGUCGUCUCCUUUUGUACAGUUUGUCCAGCUCAAAGACUUUGCACAGUUUCUCCUGGCCAAGUGUCGAUAGCAGAAAACAACACCGCGGACAUUCUGGUUGCAAAGAUCAGCUCUGGUAGCGAUGUCACGUUGACCGUUGUAGGGAACCCUGAGGAUCUCUUCUACUUAAAGGGGAAUGAGCUGAUGGUAAAGAAAGGACUGGACUAUGAGUCUCUACCCCUGGCGGCUCUAGUGGUGCGGGUGCAAUGCAGCAGAGCAGGCUCCAGAUCUGUCAACGUGUCUGUGCAAGUUUCUGUUGAAAAUGUGAACGAUAAUCCUCCAAACUUCUCACAAAACCACUAUGUUCUGGAGGUGAAUGAGCUCGCUCCAGUCAACUCCAGCGUGGGGCUGAUAGAGGCCACCGAUGUGGAUUCAGAGCUUUUGUACUACCGCUUAGAGUCCGCCUCGGACAAGUAUUUCCGUUUGGAGAACAUCAACACCCCAAAGAUACUGGUUCAAAGCAUCAUGGACUAUGAUGUCAUACAAAAGAUCUCUUUGAUUUUGCAUGUGCAGGACACGUUCAACGGCUCGGCCUCCAACAAGCCCUUCUUCACCUCCGUGGCCACCAUCACGGUGCACGUGAAAGACAUCGACAACCGGCCGCCAUGGUUCCAGCCCUGCAUGAGGGCCAACAUGGGAAUCGCCAAACUCUGCGUCAGCACAGGCUACAGGGGCCGAGUCAAUCUGACUGAAAAAGAGGAGGGGCCGUUAAUACUGGAGCCCGGCCCCGUGUUCGCAAAGGAUGGAGACAGGAACAGGAGCGAGCAGAUCAGCUACAGAAUACUCCGAGGGAAUGAGGGCAGUAUAUUCCAGAUUGAUGAGGACACAGGGAAUAUCACCAUGGCUAAAGCUGCAGAUAUUGCCGGCCCAGUAACCCUCACUGUUCUGGCAUCACAGGUAACCAACAGGGACCAGUUUGCUGUGACAAUGGUCACCAUCGAGGUGAUGAAGAAGAGCAGAAACCCUCCUCGCUUUGAGAAGGAGCGCUACGAGGGCUAUAUCUACAGCAACUCUGUGCCUGAGAGCAUGAUCCUGAGAGAUCGCAGCUCUAACAGGCCCUUCAGGGUCCGGGCCAGAGACGAGGACUUUGCCUCCGGUGUGAAUCCAGAUGUGAAGUAUGAGGUGCAGUACAGCAGUUACGUCAAUGUGACCUCAGAGGGCUUUGUGAUUCUGAAGAGGGUUGUGAAGACCGAGUCCUUUGCACUUCAGAUAAAAGCAGUGGACACCACAACAGGGGAGUUUGGCACAGCGGCCCUCUCUGUUCAAGUCAUACCUGCUGUGGCCGUCCCAUCUCCUUCCAACAUAGGCUACCGUGCAGGUGACAUGGCGCUGCUGGGCCUGAUCAUGGCAGCCCUGCUGGUGCUGUGCCUCAUUGUGAUUGGCUUCCUGAUCUCCCGCUUGUGGAAGGGAAACAGUGAUAUGAACAAACUGUGUGAGUGCCUACGAUCCAGCCACCCCAGGGAGAGGCCCAGGGACUCCAUGCAGUAUACCAAUGAUGGCUUCCAGAACGAGGGCGACCAGAGCCGUGGAGGACCCAGGAGGUGGAACUACGCUGUCCCCAGACGGAGCACCGUCCCCCAGGCCCGAGGCAGGGUCAUCCCCCUUCAGCGACGAAGCCGCCACUGCUCAUCGUGUGGUGUCUACACUAACCAUGUGCCUAAGGGCAGCCCUUCCCCAAUUCCUGCCCAGAGAGGGGGAAGACAUGCGGAUGACGAUUACAGCUCAAGGUCAAUCCUGGCCAAGCAGAGGAGAAGGGAGGGGCAGAAGACGGUGUGGUUCAAAGAGAGCGAGGACUCCUCUGACAUCGAAGUGGAGAUUAUCCCAGACACUGUGGGCCGGGUGGAGGAGGAGACUGAGGAGGAGGUGGAGGCAGAGGUGGAAAUGGAAGGGGUUGUCAGGGACCCAGCAGCCCCACAAAGAGACACUGAUGCUGGGCAAGAGAACCAGAGCACAGAGUCUAACGAGGACCAGGGGCACGGUGAUGCCAGUUCAACAAAAGAGGAGGGAAGCCAGGAGCAGGAUGGCUGAGCAGAGAUCAGACGUCAAAGCCUCUUCAAAUGGUCCAGUGUUGGAUGGGGCACAAGUGGUUCGCAGAACUGUGCAAAAUGCUGUUUGUUUUCUUGUUUUCAUGUUUUGGAUGCACCUACAGCGGAAGUUUCAACAUUUCACGCUGAUGGCUCAUGGAUAACUGUGAAACCUCAAGAGUAGGUUCCAGGACAAGUAUAUAUUUUCUACUGGGAGUGCUCAAAAAAUGCAGCAUCAGAUAAUAAAACUACCUUUACAUAGUGUGAGAAGGGUACACCUGUCACCUUCAGACAGAUCAGGACAUCAAAUGACAACUUGAAUUAAAAUGGGGACUGAAGGGAAAAAAAUAAAAGGGACAAAAGUCAGUGCUCAGUGAUUUUCAUCUUUAGUAAAGGUGGUUAUGUUAGUUCUGCCUUUAUUAUGUCACAUCCCAGUGCACUACACACAUUUUGUACAAGCUUUACUAAAACAAAUCAAAAUGAUCUGGAUUUGGCAGUCAGCAAAAUAUGUGAAAACAAGACUUUAUCAGCUGAAUACUAAACGGUUAAAGGAACUUUUUCCUAUAUUUUAUUGAGCAUGUUUAGCAAAAUAACAUUGUUACAGAUUUUUUUUAAAUUAAUAUAUAUCUGACAUUUUGUACAUUUAAGUGUAGAGAUGCUUGAGGGAAUAAUAAAAUUUAGAAGAUUUGUCAUGUCUACAUCACCUUAUUAUGGAGUGUUUCGCUGGUUUCAUAUUAAUUUCUCCCGUGGUGAACAAGACAUUUCCCACAAGGUGUC